UGAACUUCUCAGGACUUUAAGGACAUUCAUACACUGGUUCUAAUGUUAAGAUCUGAGCCCAGCUUAAUGACUUGCAUACUUGCUGGGUGGCGAGCAAAUGCAGCGACUGGCGAUAUAGAACGAUUGGCAUCAUGCUACUUCAAUCAAAAGAAGGCGCACCAUCUGGAGAGUUAAAUCUCCCAAUGUAUCGCAUCAGCGUCAAAGACUGUAUAUUUACAGUAACCGCCAACAUAUAUCAAAGAUCAAAGAUAUCUCCCCUUCUGGAAUCUAGAGCCAAAAUCCGCCGCCUUAGCCAACAUCUCUUUCUUCUGACCAUUGCCCAAUCGCCCACCGAGCGCCAUAUCCUUCUCCCUAUCAAAACCCCUCUUGCUCGGAUCAUCCUCCUCAACUUUCUCCCCCCUCUUCUCCUGCAUAGCCUCCCUCUCUUCAUACAAACUCCUACCACGGUUCUUCUCAUUGUAUUCCUGUAUUCUCCUUGCCGUAGCCCUCUCCUCCAUCUCCAACUCCUUACUCAAUCCCUUCUUCUCUCCUCCUCCUCUUCCACUCGUAGCCGCUUCCUUACGUCCCAACACUUCGUCUUCCAACCGCUGUCUCUUUUCCUCGGGCGUUUCAGUCCAGAUAGCACUGAUACCGCUCUUCUCAGCUGGUGCUUUUGCGCCUUUGCCAGAUGCGAAUUUUCUGUUCUUGAGCUUCGUUGGGUCAACUCGCCCGGUCCAGUCACUGUCUGUAGGAGGCGCUAGCAUCCACUCCGCACGCUGUGGUUUGCUGCUCUUAGUUUCUGCUUCCGAGCGUUCUCGUUCAGAGGCUUGAGAGGCCAGAAGUUCCCUUUCUGCGGCGGAGCCAGGGGCUGGUGGGAGGGAGGGCCCGUAGUCAUCUUCAGAGUCUGAUGAGGAGUCGUUCGCGGGGUAAGGGGGGCGCUCGGAGAGCGAGGCUGGAGGGGGUGCUGGACCUAAGACUCGUUUUCGAGGUGGUGAGGAGGCUUUUGUACUCGCUGUUGGUGCUUUUGGGGCGGAGGGUCCGUAUUCGUCUUCAGAGCUAUCUUCAAGGGUGACUUCGUCGGGGUUCUGGGUUGGUGGUAGAGAAGGUCCUAGGACGCGCUUUGGUGGUGGGCUGGGAGCUUUGGCGGGUUGAAGCGACGGUCCAUAGUCAUCUUCUGAGCUGUCGUCAAUGUUGACUUCAUCUGGAUUGGCACUUGGUGGGAGGGUUGGACCGAGGGUUCGUGGAGGGGGAGCUGUUGCUGCUUGGAGCUUUCGAGGGGGAGAGUGAGGUCCUUCAUCUUCAUCGGAGGACCGCUUCCUUUUGGUUAGGUGAGGUGGUAGUUGAGGGCCAACGGAAGACAUCGUUACUACCGGGGAGUUCCAAAAUGUGCUGUGAAGCUUUGUGUUUGUUUAGCGAUUCGCAGAUGAUCGAAAUAUAUUUGAGUUAUCGGCAAGUUCCGGUAGCCUUGGUUGCUUGCUGCGCCUUAUUCGUCGUUGUUGGACGUAACACCAACACUGUGAUCAAUAUCUUGAACAGACUGCUUGUUUUCCAUUGAUCAUAUGUUCGGUCGGUCAAGACCACUUACAAUUCGAUUGUCACGAACUACUGCAUUCACAUGCCCUGUCCCUGAACCGCCUGGAUCCACCAGUUGUAAGCGAAGCCUCGUGUCAAGCAAGACCCCAGUCUGGGUAGCUGUAGCUAUCACCAACUUCGACAUUGAAGUUCCAGAGCUUCCACAACUUCUCGGAUAACGGCUAUCUGUACUGACGGCCUUCCUGAUACGCACCGUCUAAUGAGCUUCUGAGGGUUCGAGCUUUCAUGAUUCCACGGCCUGCGGCGCAACGACGAGAGUGAGUGAGGGCUGGUGGAACCAUGAACCCAUGAGCUCCUCCUCUGUGGAAAACGAUAGUGGCGCGGAGGAGGCUACGAUAAACGGAGAUUUUCAGCAUGGAGGAGAAUAUACGCCGACCAGAAACGCGGAUGAUAAUGGCAGACCUGCUGUAGGACGAAUCGUUGAGCUGUUGGAGGAGGCAAGAGAUGACGCUCCAACACCAAACCAGCUGGGCAACGGGGCCAAUCGGUAUAAGACUGUGCGGCAGCUAGACAGUCCUUCUGAAGAUGAAUCUCUGGAUGCUCUGCCUCAGAGAGCUGGAAGCCCCAUUGACUCGCUGCUAUCUGUUCCGGACGAUUCUCCUUCAGUACAGGGCUCCGUCUUAUCAUCACCUGGUGGAAGCAGCAUACUUCCCUCCGUGGCCUCCAGACCCGGCCUCGAGAGUCCGACUCCAUCAUUCCGGCCCUUCGACAGACGCUUCCAAUCCCGUCUCUCUACCUCAAGUCUCUCCAUACCCCGCGCCUCUUCCCCAUUUCUCAAAAGCCACUCGCGCACUGCUUCCCUCAGCAGCCAGCUCCUACCAGACUCUGGAGACACCGACACGCCAUCCCCGCCAUGGGAAGUUGUACGAUGGACAAAGCUCAAGAAGAUGAAUGGGCAGGCGUUUUCCGAGGUUGGCAAACGAAAUUUUGGCGUGCCGACGUGUAUAUCAGUCUCUGCAUCUAUAGUGUUGGGGACCUCCAAAGGAAUAAUUUUAAUUUUCGAUUACCAUCAGAAUCUCAAGUCAAUAAUUGGUCCAGGAACCAAAGGUGAGUGCUUGAUCUGUUGACUUUUUCUCAACAGAUGCUGAUGACUAUAGCUGUGGAAUCCGGCGCAAUCACUUCAGUGGCCAUCUCGGCCGACCACUUGAUUGUUGCUGGUGGACAUGCUAAUGGGAGCAUCUUUACAUGGGAAACUGCUCGGGCGGCUCGUCCCUUUCUCCACAUUCCUAGUCUGGAAGCUGGGCAGAUGGUAAACAGAACAAUGGACGGGCAUGUGCCGAAUGUUGCCAUUCGGCAUUUGGGAUUUCUGGGCACGAGACAUACGGCCCUUGUUUCGGCUGAUGAUAGGGGUAUGGCUUUUUCUCAUCUCGCUACGAGAGGUUUAGGUGCUGUUGGACGUACGGUCAAAACCACCCGAAUACUAGGACGAUACCCUAACGAUCUGCCGACUGGGGGAAAGUCAAGGAAGCCGAGCACUGUUCUGGCAUUUGCACCUCUCCCCUUGGGCAAUGUUGAGCGUGGGACUGAUACCUUGGGGUUGACUGCUAUGCUCACUCCAUAUCUUCUGGUCAUUGUGUCCACAACUCCGAUCGCCCAGACACAGCACAAGGCAGCACGGCCAAAAGAAGUUGCUGCUCAUAGUGCUUUGAGUGGCUGCCUCGCAUGGUUCCCAGCUGUGAAGCUGAAAGUGAGAGAUCCGAAGACUGGCAGUGACGUGUCAAAAGUUAAGCUGGUUUAUUGCUGGUCAAAUGUCUUGACUGUCCUGGAUGUUGAUGAGGUUGAAUCACUAGACAAAGACAAACCUGCGAGUCUUUCUUUUAAGCCUCGCAGCAGGUGGAAAGCGGAAGAAGCUAUCGUUGCAGUGCAAUGGCUUAGUCGGUCUGUACUGACUGUGCUGACCAUCACUCAACGUCUGAUCAUUCUGGAAGAUGGGAGCAUGAGAAUGACAGAGGCUUUUGACCUUGUGCACAAGCACAUCUACCACCAAGACCUCUUCUCGAAACAGCUGCAUACGCUUGUAGAGCAGCUAGACGAAGAAGAUGAAUCGAUGCAUGGCGUUGUGGCUGAUGCUUUCUACAUGAGCUUUAAGGCGUACAAGAGUCGAAUGUUCUUGCUUGGCUUCAACGAUGUUUCUAUUGGUACAUUGUCCAAUUGGGCCGACCGUCUCAUCGCAUUGAUGGAAGAUGGUGACUACAUUGGAGCAAUCCAACUUGCUACAUCAUACUACACGGGUGCCGCAGACAAGCUCACCAUCGGAUUGCCUGAGGACACAGCGCUGCGGCAUUCAAUGGUCCAGGACAAGCUCGUUGAAAUUAUGACGGCUUCGUUGAAAUUUGCCUUCGGUCAGAAACAGAAACAGGCAGUUUCCCCGGAUGAUAUUCCCUUGAAGGACCUAGCCGAAGCGUGCUUUGAAGCAUGCCUCAGUAUCAGCGAUGUUGAUUUCCUCUUCGAAGAAGCAUAUGAGUGGUAUGAGGAUGGGGACUCCGAGGGCAUUUUCCUUGAGACUUUAGAACCGCACAUCCUGGAGAAGCAGAUCACUGUCAUACCACCAACCGUCGUGAAAGCUAUGGUAACGCACUACGUCACCAAAGGACUGGAAAGUCGACUCGAAGAGAUGAUCUGCAACAUGGAAACAACAACUCUCGAUAUCGACCAAGUUACGACACUGUGCAAACAGCACAAUCUUUACGACGCCCUUAUCUAUGUUUGGAACCAAGCACUUCACGAUUACAUAACGCCACUGAUAGAUCUUUUGACGCUUUUGAUACCCCUAGUGCAGGAAGGAGAUUAUUUUACAAACGGAAAUGUCAUGGAAGACCCCAUAUUUGGUGUCAACGCGUUGAAAAUGUUUCCAUACAUGUCAUACACUUUCACGGGACGUGUAUAUCCAACGGGAGAGAUCCUUGGAGAGCAAGAAGCGAUGGACGCGAAAGCAGAACUGUACUGGUUCAUAUUCUCAGGGAGGACAAUUACAUGGCCCAGGGCUACCGGGAAGCCAUUCAUUACUCAGCCCACUCAACAGGACGAGCCAUCAUUUCCUUACCUCCGAAUGAUCCUGAAGUUUGAUGCCCCGAGCUUUCUGAGUGCUUUGAAUGAGGCUUUCGAGGAUUCUUUUCUGAACGAUACUCCAGAGCGAGCCGUCAACGGAGGCUCGAGUCGGGAUCUGUCAGAGGAGCACGUCUUUGGCCUCUCCGUGAACCGUCAGUACGUGAUCACAAUCUUACUUGAAGUCAUGAACCACAACGACUUUGCUACUGAAGACAUAAUCUAUCUGGACAUGUUCAUCGCUCGAAAUCUACCGAAAUUCCCUCAAUAUCUACUUCUUUCAGGAACAGCUUUGCAUAAAGUUCUUGCGGGUUUGUGCGAGUACCCAGGCGAAGACUUGGCGGAUGAUGCUCAAUUGAGUGCCGAGUAUCUACUUUCUGUUUACCAUCCUCCGGACUUGGAAGCCCUGAUUCCUUUAUUCGAAAAGGCUGGAUUCUAUAGGGUGCUCAAGAGCAUCUACAGAUCAGACAAACAGUAUAGCAAACUCGUCCAGACAUACUUCGAUGAUCCGGAAGACCGGCAAGCUGUGUUUGACUGCAUUGCGGACUGCUUAAGGCCCCGUUCUGGGUUGACUAAACGACAGGUUCGAGACGUGCAUGAGGUUAUCGAACUCCAUGCGAACGACAUGGUACAUCUAGACGCAGUGAAAGCUGCACAGGCUGUUGAGUCAUAUGCACCAACACUUCAUCAGAAGUUCUUGGACUCCCUCCCAGAUGACUCCGAGUUGCAAUACAACUACUUGCACACUCUGUUCGAGCCAAGCGAUGAUGACAUGGCGGAUACCAAAGUGCAGCCACUCUCGGAGUUCACUGAGCGUUAUGUACAGCUCAUGUGCAAAUUUGACUCAAAACAUGUAGCGGCAUACGUGGAGCUGGUACAGGCAAGCGAUCUCAAUCUCGACAAAGUUCUUCCAUAUAUGGAAGAGAGCGGAGUAAUCGAUGCUGCUGUGGUUUUGAUGGCCCGAGAAGGCCAGCUACGAGAAGCCAUGGAUCGACUUAUCAGGCAUCUCAGAAAACUAGAGAGUACUUUGCUUGGCCUCAUGAAUAGCUCAGCUGAAGACAUGCAGUCAAUGCAUGUAGGUGAAGCGAUCGAAGAUCUAUUGGAGGCUUUACAGAAAUACACGAACGUCGGCAUCUGGUUGUGUCAAGAUCAUACCAAAACUCUGCAGCCGCGAGCGAUCAGCUCUCCUAUUCGGAGGAAAUCAUCGUCAAAGAAUGAUCUUCUCCCUGAUGAGGCACUUUGGCUUGACCUCAUUGAUGUCACUGUGCACAUCACCAGGAAAUUGUCGGCUAGUUUGGCUGAUCUGGAGGCCGAAGGUAUCAACCAUGACAAACUCCUCGCACAACUACGAACUCUUGUGCAGCGAACAUUUACUGCCUUGUUAACUGCGACCUCCAGCCCAUCCCCAUCUGGAGCAAGUCUGUCGUUUUUGAGAAUCCUCAGAGCGUUCUUGACUAGAGCCUCCAUCUCGUCACCAAAUCUCAGUGACCUUCGAGCCGUACUCGCUUCAGUUUUCUCUGCUUACGCAUAUGAGGAAAGCAUCCUCAGUUUGGCGAACCGCUUGCUGGACAAAGAUCUUUUCGUCAACGUGCAGUCAGCAACCGCUCUUCGACAACGAGGCUGGAGGCCCCGCGGCUCCACUUGUGAGGGUUGUGGUCGACGAGUUUGGGGUCCUGGCGUGUCAGGCGACGUCUUCUCCAAAUGGGAAGAACGAGAGAAGAUCGAUACGAAGAGGCGCAAAGAGCGCAGAUCUGAGCUAGCAGGUGCAGAGGUCGAGCGAGGAAAAGGACGGGCACAUUCUCGCAAUACUAGUAAAGCCAGCGUUGCUGAUAUGGUCAAGAGCAAAGACAAAUGUGCCGGGAACGGGGAGGAAGAGGAGGGUCAGCAGAUGGUCAGUGAUGCUGUGGCGAAGGUGCAGCCGGAUCUGGGACCGCUGGUGGUCCUGGCCUGUAGACAUAUCUAUCACCAGAGCUGCCUGGAGAAUAUGCAGGCUGACGAUGUGGUGAGGACUGACGGGAGGGACUUCCGAUGUCCAAUAGAUGGAUAGCACAUACUACUACUAAUUUACUUGUUCAAAACAUGCCGUCUAUACAGAUCAUUUGUUGCUUCGUGGUCUUCAGGAUAUGUGAUGGGGUGAUUGAAAAAUACGAGCUUUCAUGUGCUGUCAUAGGAGUCAACUCUUCUUGAUCAGCAUUGGAGACGUGCAGUCACGACCAAAAGAAACAAUAGAAGCGAGCACAAGGCACCAAUGCCUUCAGUAUUUUGAUGUGAUU